AUGGAGAAUUUGUCAUUAGAUGAUAUUAAAAAGCAAGCAUCUUCCUUCAUUCAAGAGAAGUACAAAAUACUCAGGCUCGCCUUGACUGAUGUUACUCAACCAGAACUGUUGGCUGAGGAGGCAACUAAUAAUGAUCCAUGGGGCCCUGAUGCUAGAACAAUGACAAGAAUAGCUCAGGCAUCCUAUGACAUUGAUGACUAUUGGAGAAUUGUUGAUGUUCUUCACAGGAGGUUCUAUGCUAUUGAUCAAAAGCUAUGGAGGCAAUCCUACAAGUCAUUGAUUCUUCUUGAGUUCUUACUCACUCAUGGGCCUGAAGAUUUUGUUGAAGAAUUCCAAUGUGCUACUGAAGUCAUUGAAGAGCUUGGAACAUUUAAAUAUGUAGAUGAGCGAGGGUUCGAUUGGGGUAUCAACAUGCAAAAGAAGUCGGAGAGAAUACUGGAACUUCUAGGAGGAGGAGAGGCACUCAAAGAAGCACGCCACAAAGCACUGAAAAUAACUAAGGAGAUUAAAGGGUUUGGUAAUUCAGUGUUUCCUCCUGAUCAGUCCUCAUCAACCUCAUCCUCUAGAACUUCAUCGUUUGGCUCGCAUUCCAGCAACAGUCCUAGAUGGUAUGAUUUAGAAGAGCUUAGUCCACAUGAACCACUAAGCCCAACAAAAAAUCUGGGCGAGAGUUCUUCAGAAGGAAGCAGGUUACCAUCAGAGAAGCCCACUACUUUUCCUGGUGCUAAUGAGGACGCUGAAGGAUCACAUCUCUGGAAUUCUCCUGUUGAAGAAUCAGGGAAUUCACUUCUCAACCCUGAGAAAGAAGCGGAAACAGACGGUGUUUCCGGUGCAGUUUGUUCGAAAUUCGUUGGUCCCAGUAGUCCAUUAAACUCGGAUGCCAAGAAAGUAACGCUCAGAAGCUUCUCAGACGUCGGGAAGGUGGUGAAGAAGAAGAUUGAUCGUCAGCUGUCCAUCAGAUCAGCGUAA